AUGUUCCUAGUGAACUUCAUGAAUGAGUACAUGCAGUUCAUCGAUUACAUGAGAACCGACAGUUUUAUUGCUUCUUUGGAAAAAGACAUUGCUUUUGAGAAGGCUCGUAAUGCGGAACUACAAGAAAGAGUUCGCCAAGCAAAUGCAGCUGUGGCCGCUCAGAGGUCACAGGGUGUUAAUGCUCUCUAUGAGAGACUGAACGAUCUGGGGAUGAGUGAUGUGGAAACACCCACGGAAUUGCUUCAAGGAUCUAAACAGAUUGUUGCGCAUCAUAAGGAUCUUAAUCAGCGCGUUUCCUGCUACGAAACAGAAGUUGCAAUGCUUGAGGGUAAGAUACGUGCAGUGCGUCCCUUCGGUGACAAACUCAUCGAGGCUUUACAUUCCGUGGGGGAUAAUCCUGUCAAUAUCGAGGAGCUUCUCCAAAACGUGCUUCAGCAGACCGGGAAUGAAGCUUCUUCCAUGCGAUUAGAAUCUGAAAAUGAAUCUGGAGAAGGUUUGCUUAUGUCGCCAGGUGGCGGCCCAACCAACGCCAGCGUAAGCCACGUCAACACUGCUACUCGAAGACCUCGUCAACGUCCUCGUGCCGGACCGAAUGCGCGGGGAAAGGGUAAACCCGAAGAAAACUCGGAGGAAAUGCAGAGGCAGAUUAAUGAAAUUGUGCAGGCGGUGGGUCAUCUUGGUGUUAGUUCCAGUUUUCUUAUCACUAUUUUCGAUUAA